UGUGUGUGUGUGUGUGUGUGUGUGUGUGUGUGUGUGUGUGUGUGUGUCCUAUAAUGGAAUCUCUCGUCAGACAAAUCAACAGAGACACAGAACGUGUUAAUCAUACGUUAAAGAUGUUUGGCACCAAAUUAGAUUUUUAAUAUUUUAAGACAAAAACUAUGAUCAGAGACUCACUGUGGAUCAACCUGUCCACUAAUAAACCUUCUGUAUUUCUAAUUUCACCCACACAGGUCCUCCCUCAGUGUCUCUGCUCAAGAAGUGCACCUCGUCUCCAAUCAGCUGCUUCGCUACAGGUUUCUACCCAAACAGAGCCGACAUGUUCUGGAGGAGAGAUGGAGAACAGACCCAUGAGGACGUGGACCAUGGAGAGAUCCUCCCCAACCCUGAUGGAACCUUCCAGAUGAGGGUCCACCUGGACCUUUCAUCAGUCACAGCUCAGGACUGGAGCAGAUAUGAAUGUGUGUUUGAACUGUCUGGAGUGAAGGACGACGUCAUCACCAAACUGGACCGAGCUGAGAUCAGAACCAACCAGCAUCAAGACAAACCUGUGAGUCCGACCUCGGCUCUGGUUUCUGUGGUGGUGGUGGUGGUGGUUGUUCUGGUCGUCAUCGUCUUUGGAGUCAUGUUUUACAAAAGAAAAGCUGCUGACGCUGACGCCAACACUGGAUCUGAGCUUCUGGAGAAACUGUCUGCAGGAACUUGACUGACAGAUGAAUUCAACACUGCAUUGAAUCUAACAUGUUUUUAUUUGGUUUAAUAUAAUAGUAACAACAAUAAUCAUUUAACAGGUGAUGGAUUGUUGAAGCUGUGUUUGUACCUACUAAGGAGCAUAAAUGAUUUUUACAGAUGGCGACAGCAGCUUGAUGAGUAAAACUCAUCUUUUUUUUUUAGUUGACACUCAUUUUUUUACUGAUGUGUGUAUUUUGUGAGAAUUGUGAUGUAUUGUUCUGUUUGUAUUUUUUAGUUUACUAUAUUUUACUAUUUCCACUUAAUUUAAUAAAACAGAUUUUGUGACGCU